AGUAGCAGCAGAGAGAGAAAGAAAGAAAGAGAGAAAGAAAGAAAGAAAGAACGAACGAACAUAAAUAUGGGUACCGGAUCCUGGGUUAUAUUAGUGUGGCCGGAUCUUCCUGGAAAAGAAAAAGGAAAGCAAAAACCUACCCCCGAAUGGCUUCAAAAAGCUAUCUUAUACGGAAGGAGUUGAAGAACAUUGACUCCUUCAAAGAGAAAAAGAAAGAAUAUUCACGGCUGAAUUUUGAUGCCAAACCAUCAAACGAAUCGGACAAAAAGAAGAUGAUGGCGAUUUGUAUUCAACGCAAAGAACCCAUCUUCACCUUGGAGAAGAAGAUGCAGAUGACGACGGAUUCUUCUUUGAAUGUACAAGGAGACGACAAACACAUAGCAGAGGAAGAGGAAGCAGAAGAAUACGACGAAGACGACGACUGUUGUGAAUUUUUUUUUAGUUAUGAAGACCAACCAAGAUGGUUACUUGGAUACAUUUUCACUUGGUUCCUUAAAUUCAAACAUCUUUUAUUUGUUCCUUGACUUCUUAUUUUAUUUUUAUUUUUGUACUACUUAUUGAUUAGUAUGAGAAGGAACAGCAUUGGGGCUACUCUGUAGAAUGUGUCCAUCUUGAUGGUGGUAUUGCCCCUCCUCCCCCUUGGAUUUAUCAGCCCGAUUCACCAUCACCGGUAGUCGAUCAUACUAGUUUCAUUACAAAGGAGGGCUACAUAAACCCUUCCUUAGUUGCCGACCGUGCUGCCAACGAAGUCUUUGCUCUUGCUCUCGACAAAGAUGGCCGUUUCUGGACCAACGACGGCACCGUUCUUAACCAACAACAUUAUCAACAAACUUUCCCCAACCCCACACCCCCACCAACUAAUUCAUGGGCCCACGCUUCCAGGGCUUCUGCUGUUGUUAACAUGGAACACACCCAGCUAGUCAAGUCGCUCACCUCUGACGCACGUUUAUAAAUGGACCCAACUAUUUCCAUCCAUAGUCUCGGCAGCUAUACGCCUCAGAUUCUUGCGUCAGGGGUCAUCGUACCAUAACCCAGACGGGGUCCUUGCAGCUUAUGCGCGCAAAGUUGCAGGCGCCUACACUGUAUGUUCCCAAAAGGGCCUUUUGUUUCCUUAGAACCUUCAAAGAAAUUGAUCCGUUGACUUGGGUUGUCGCUGACAUGUCAAUUGAUUCUUCACGAAACAUUGGUUAUCCUUGCGGGUGCUUGAUACGAGGACUAGCCAAUGGAUAUUCCCAGGUCAUAUGGGUGGAGCAUUUGACAUUUGAGGAAAGUUACAUGGACCACAAGCUGUACACUGAUCUGAGCCGCAGAGGCUUUGCAUUUGGAGCUCAACGAUGGGUGGAUUGCCUUGAACAAUCAUGUGAAAGAAGAUCUUAUCAGACCAAGACUGGUUUCUUGGUUCCGUGCUUAGUAGCAGGACAAGAGGAUCCAUGCCAGGACGAGAAGAAAUGUGUGAUGGAGCUCACACAAAAGAUGGUUCACGAGUUCUGCUCUCAUAUUCAUCCAACCAAUGUUGAAGGUGACCCGGCACCACUCAUCUCAUGUGUUCCUGCCCUCCGGAACAUGCAGAUUUGCGUUUCCCUCACUCAGUCUCCCUAUGACGAUGAUCCUAAAGAAAUGGUCCUAAUAUCAGUUACCACCUUUAGUCUACUGCAUUCUCCAGAGUUCAUCUUGGAAAUCCUUGGAGAUGAAGAUAGACGUCAUGAGUGGGAUGUGUCCGGGAAGAUUUGUCCAUUACAAAAGCCGACAUGUUACACAACUGGCAUUGACUCCAGGAAUAAGAUAUCCCUUUAUCAGACUUGUAGCUGGUUCGGUGAUCAGGUCGUACUCCAAGAGGCAAGUGUCAACCAGUCUGGAUCACUAUUGGUAUGGUCUGUGCUUAAAAGAAAAGAUUUUGCUGCCAUUGAUGAAUGUAUUCCGCGUCUUCCUGUAUCUGAGUUAUCAGGGUUGGCCAUCAGUUCCAACAGCCACCCGAACACUACCAGUAGUAGUAAUACAGGUGGUGGUUCGAUUGUCACUCUGGCUGUACACCAGGUUGCUCGUGACAUCAAGGAACUAGAGCAACAGACGAUCAACUUUGCCAAGAAACAUAUAAGAAAGGUUGCUCUCAGUGUUGAAGCUGUCUUGAACGAGUCAGCCAAGAGGACUUCUCCUGAAGAAGUCUGUGGAGUUUGCGGUUCAAGUCGGUUACUCCAACAAACUAACAAGAGGCUCAAGCAAUACUCGUGACUGCUUAAACUGAUCAACUGGAUGGAAUCCUCUUGGUUUUAUUUAAUUAUAAGUAGCUACUAGUAGUGCCAAUCUGCAGUCUGUCGAUGAGGCCUAUUUACAAUAACUUAUGGGUCUAGCAUGAACGAAUUAGUCUUGUUUUGCCACAACUUUUGUUUUAUAACUCUAUUCAUGAAAUCCUAUCUAUAUAUUAUGGUUGACUGGA